AUGGCUCCAGAGCAGUCUUCCCAGACUGAACCACACACGGUGUCGCCCGCCCAGUCGUCCACUUCUCCCUCGACUCAACCUCGAGAGCCAUCCCCCCUCAUCCAUCCGAGUACCAAUGCCGUCCAGCAACCCUACGGUCUCUAUCCGCAAUCCUAUGGAUCGCACUUUGUCCCGUACGACCAGACUGCUCCCCAAAAGCUUCGUCAGAUGAUGCAGCAGCAGCAGCAGCAGCAGGCGCAGAUGAACCAGCCGAAUCCCCAACAGCCCGUCACAUACAUGACCGUCCCCCAGCCGUUCCAGCAUCCGCCCCAGUCCAACAGGAGAAAAAUAGCAAAGGAUAUUCUCCACGUCCUCGUCAUGAUCGUGUCCAUCAUCGGCAUGGGCUUCGCCUUUUCACUCCUAGGAAAGGCCAUGAACAGGCCCUACAGCAGCAGAUAUGGCUACUACUACGACAGCUUCGACUACUACCUCCCCGCCGUGUCUGUUGGUCCCGUAUUCGCCGUUGCUUUCCUCUGGAGCCUCGUCGAGCUCAUUGUCCGCUGCUCGCGCAACUGGAAGGCCGGCAUCCACCCGGGCGCCCACGUCGGCGUCUGCCUGUGCCUCUGGCUCGGUGCCGUCAUUGUCGGCGCCCUCCUCGCCGUCUUCGUCGCCCAGCCAUGGUACUACGAAUCGUGCAGCAGCAGCAGCGGCAGCAGUGACAGCUACGGCUCGUGCUCGAGAUACUCGGACCCCAUGUUCGUGGGGUCCACGGUCCUCGCGCUGCUUCUUGCCGCCGUCGAAUUCAUCCUCUUCGUCAUCGCCUGCGCCGACACCCACGUCCGCAACCGCUGGAAGCGCAGCGUUGUCAUCGCCUCGACGCCCUACUGGGCUCCUCCGCCCCAGGGAUGGUACGUCGCCCCGGGCCAGCAGCAGCAGCAAUUUGUGCCCAUGGGUCAGCCGCCCACGACGCAGGUCCAUCCCACGAUGGCUGCUCCCGCGCCUGUUCAGACUCAGCCCGCCGCCGCCGCCGCCGCCGAGAUGGGAGGGGACGAAAAAGGUCAUGCGAUCAGGGAGUUUUACACCCCCGGUACAGCUCAGUAG